AUGGACUCGUGGUUGCAGUCGUUCAAUAGUACGGUUGAGGCCAUCACUGGCCACCCAACGCCUGCGUCGGUUCUCUAUGCCGGUCUGGAUACCAGCAAGCUUUCGUACCUGGAGCAGCUCUGGGUGAAGUGGUACGAGUACUGGGGUAACCCUGUUAUUGCCACAGGUGUGAUGAGUUUCGUGUUGCACGAAAUUGUCUACUUUGGUCGCUCGAUUCCCUGGAUCAUCAUUGACUCUAUGCCUUCGAUGCGCAAGUACAAGCUGCAGCCCAAGUAUGUACCAUCGGCUGCCGAUCAGUGGCGGUGCACCAAGCUUGUGCUCCUCAGUCACUUUACUGUUGAGCUCCCGCAGAUCUGGAGUUUCCACCCGAUUUGCGAGUACUUUGGUCUGACAACGCAUGCUGUUCCCUUCCCGAGCGUGUACAAGAUGGCUUGGCAAAUCGCUUUGUUCUUUGUGAUGGAGGACUUUUACCACUACGUUGUCCACCGUCUUAUGCACUAUGGCCCGCUCUACAAGCACAUCCACAAGAUUCACCACGAGUACAGCGCUCCUUUUGGUCUCGCUGCUGAGUACGCCCACCCACUCGAGGUCCUCAUUUUGGGUCUGGGUACCAUUGGCUCGCCGUUCUUGCUGUGCUUCUUCACGCGUGACCUGCACAUCGUUACUGUGUAUAUCUGGGUGGUUCUGCGUCUGUUCCAGGCUGUGGAUGCGCACUCGGGCUACGAUUUCCCAAUUAGCUUGCACAACUGGCUGCCGUUCUGGGCUGGUGCGGACCACCACGACUACCACCAUAUGGCCUUCCUUGGCUGCUACUCGACCAGCUUCCGCUGGUGGGACCAUUUGCUUGGCACGGACCGUGGCUACCAGCGCACGCGUGCUAAGCAAAAGGCCGUGAAGCUGCGUCAGCAGGCUGAUGAACUGGACAAGUAUGCUGCUUCGUUGAAGGCACAGUAA